GUACGCUACGCCAGCUUAGAAAAGUUUUGGGUGGAGUCUGUAAGGAAAGCAGUGAAGAGUUGUUGUAUGUUUUGGGGCCCUUUUAUUUCAGGACUCUUCUCUUUCCGAACAGACUUUACUUGUUUACACUUUUUGGCAAUAUUUUCACAUACACCAGUUUUGUUGGCUGAAUAACCUUGCAGCUAUGGUCAAGUUAAUAAAAAAAAAAUACUGAGAUCUGUCAGUUUGACAGUACCUGGUUUUAGGUUAGGUUUACUAUAAAUAAACUAAAAUAAAAUUGUUGUAAAUAUUUGAUUUAGAACAUGAAUGACCAAGAGAAACUAUUCAAGUACUUAGAAAGUGUGGAAAAACUAGCAGAGGAAAUAUUAAGUGACCGUAGAGAGAUAGUAUUAUUAGAUAAGCGAAGAAAUCAAAACCGAGAGGCACUGCGCGAGCUUUCGAAAUCUUCACAAAGUAAACAUUGGAUCACUGUUGGGUCCGUGCUAAUUAAAUACAACGACAGAACCACUAAGGAGCUUCUAGAAGCAGAUCAGAAGCAUUUGAAUAUUGAUAUAAAUAAGCUGCGAAGUGAAUUGAAAGUAAAAGUGAAUAAUUUGAGAGACUUGGAGAUGCAGCCGGCAGUCCCUGGUCUUAUGUUAGUGCCUAUGUCUCAGAAAGAAACUGCUGCUAUGUCAAAUGCGGGACUUUUCUCACCAAUGUGAAGAAGCUAUGGCAUUCGAUUGUAAGCGUACCUGAAUAUAUGAAAUCCAAACAUCAAAA